GCUAUUGCAGUGUUCUAUUGUCACUCACAGUUAUGAUCACUUCCUGUGGGAGAAUGAAAAGACUCGCCCAGCCCUCAUUUCAGCCCAGACACGGAGCAGAGAGGAGGAUUCUGCAGUCCUGAUUAAUUACAUCUUUAAAAGUGAUCAGCACCAGUAUGGCGGAGACCAGCGGGCCUCAGUCCUCCCAUAUAUCCUCUUCUUCAGUUGGGGAGAAGGGCAGCGGCUGUGCAGAGUCACCGGGUUCUCCCUUUGAAAUGAUUGCCAACAGCACAGGCUUUGACUUCAAGAACACCACUGGGGACAACACGGCUACUGCUUACGGUCUUGCACACUUUUCAUCUAAAACUCCAUAUCCUUAUGGGUCUGUAGAGGGAGUUGAGCCAUCAGACACCGGGCCUGUAUUUGCUGGUAUUUCGGAAAAUGAUGGGAACCUGUCCAUGACGUUGGAUAAUGUGAGAAACACCUCUGAGGACUAUUGUUUGAGGAACACAGAUUUGCCUGAACAUUUUUAUAUUGGACAUUCCAAUGCAGCACAUGUAAAUAAGCUGAUUGAUACACAAUGUGGAAAUUUGGAACUGAAUAAUUCCCAAGAAUUGUACAUAAGUAAAACAGAGGAACGUAGGGGUCAAUAUGAAGAGUCACACCUAACAUGUGCAGAGGCUGGAGAGACUAGCUCUGCUGAAAGUCUACUAAGUUCUUCCUAUGGAAAACCUGAAGUACGCUGGCAAGAGGUGGAUGAAGAGCUGGACAGUUCUGGGGAAUCGGAUGACACUGUCAUUGAUGCAGGCUGGAGGCUGAAAAGCACGACGACAGAGAAAUUGGUACACUGUGAGGAAGGUUGGGUUGAAAUUGGUGGAGCUCAGCAGAAACAAGAAUUAGAAUGCGAUUUGUUAGAAGGAGUGGGAGCAAUAGAGCAUGAGAUUUCUGUUACUCAAGGCAACGCAAGACUGCACAUACCAAAUGAAUGCAACAAGACAGAAGACAUUUCUGCUACAUCCAACUCUGAAACUGGAUUGACCAAAAAUGUUCUGGACUCUCCAAACAGCGAGGGCUUUGUAUUCCUGGCAGAGACCUCUGUUGUGGACCAGUUUACAGGAGUCACCAACCAGGGCAAAAUAGAUUCUCUAGAAAAUCAGAUUCAGGAAAAUCUCACUAUUGAAGCCCUGAGGGCAUUGGCUGUUAUCGGGGAAGAUCCAGAAUCUGAAAGCAGAGAGUCUUCUCCAGAAAUCUUGUACCCUAUUGCCCAGUCUGGUAGCGCAGAAGCUUUGAAGACCGCAGUUUUGCAGACCUAUCAUACAUUACCCCAGGACUCGCCUGUUAAUACUGCAACACGCAAAGUGCGGGACCUGUUGUACUGGCGGGAUGUAAAACAAUCUGGAAUGGUUUUUGGAGGGACGAUGGUACUGCUUCUAUCUCUGGCCGCAUUCAGCAUUAUUAGCGUCAUUUCCUAUCUUGUCCUGUCCCUGCUCACAGUCACCAUAAGCUACCGUGUCUACAAGUCUGUCCUACAAGCUGUCCAAAAGACCGACGAGGGCCAUCCCUUCAAGCCUCUGCUGGAGAAAGAUAUCACACUGUCAUCCGACUCUUUCCAGAAGGCAUUGACUGCAUCCCUCGCUCAUGUCAACCAUGCUCUGAAGUAUAUUGUUCGCCUCUUUCUUGUGGACGACCUUGUGGAUUCACUCAAGCUUGCCCUACUUAUGUGGCUGAUGACUUACGUAGGAGCUGUAUUUAAUGGGAUCACACUUCUCAUUCUUGGCGUCCUGCUGACUUUCACUGCACCCAUAGUGUAUGAGAAAUACAAGGUACAAAUUGAUCAUUACGUCUCGCUGGUCCAUAGCCAAGUGAAGUCCAUAACAGAGAAGAUUCAAGCCAAGCUCCCAGGAGCCCUGAAGAAAAAGUCUGAGUGAAGGAGCAGAACUGUGGAGGGAGAGGGGAAGGGUGGUUGUAAGGGAGUGAGCACUGGCUAUGUCAUAUCUCUUUACUUACUGUUAAAUUGGCUUCCUUUUAUGUGGCUAUAAGGUCCUGUUGAAACACAUUUACACCUGGUGUGUCUCUGGCAGGGUGAGGUUCUGUUCUUACAGGAUCUUGAAUUUGGGUUUCUGUAAACACUGGAGAGCUGGGUAGAGACCCAGCAGCAGCACCUACUACGCCUGUCACCCCUUCCAUCACCAGCCGCUCCCUACCCGUCUCAUUGGCUUGUCUCUGAUCUGCAUGUGCCUCAAGGCUUCUGCAGUCCUACCUUGCCCUUUACUCUCUUGCUUCUACUUUUUUAACUCCCCCCCCCCCCCACACACACACGUUCUGUCCCUUUUUUGUAUCUUUUCUCUCUCCUUUUGCCUUCUUCCUGCCUCCGCAUCUUAUAAACCUACGGAAUGAAAUUUCCUAAUCCAGCACCCACCCACUGAAUGCCAGUCACUGCCGCAUCAUUAGAAAAAAAAAAAAACCUUCUUUGCGUUCUAUUUUGCUAUUUAAUUUAUAUUUAAUUUGUGUUGUUUGCGUGGAAAUGCUUUGAGUGGCAUGCCAGGAACUACUGAUGGUUGAUGGGACACAAAGUUGGUAUCCUGCACUCUCUCCAUGUGCCUCACAUUCUGUCUCCUCUUCUUGCACCAUGGAAAGUGGGAACUGCUAUCCUUAAACAUAAUCUACACAAGAGUCCCGAAAAGCUAAUACACUUAUAUUAACUCUCAAUGUUUUUAUGGAUUAUCAUUAUGUAAUUGCAGACUUGAUAUGACCCCCGAUAGAUGCCCAGUUUGCAAGUGUGAGUCAAGUUCACUGAAUGUUCCCAAAGCUUUAAGUCGUAGGUUUCCUGUUAGUGUUUGGGACAGGAGUGCAGGUUUGAUCUCCUCUGUAAAGCCCUGGGAGAUAAAUCUGUUACUCGCAUAGUAGGAUCCAGCUAAUCGUUUUUUGAGGUUCCUGGAAGCUGCAGUUUUGUCUUUUUUUAUGUUGAACUGUCGCAGGUAACUGGGUACCCCCAUAAACAGGGGCCAUUAUGUAAUGAAUAGGGAUGCACUGAAUCCAGGAUUCGGUUCGGGAUUCAGCCUUUUUCAGCAGGAUUCGGCCGAAUCCUUCUGCCUGGCCGAAUCGAAUCCGAAUCUUAGGGGGUGGGGAGGGAAAUGGCGUAAAACAAGGAAGCAAAAGAUGUUUCCACCAGGAUUCUGUUCGGUAUUCGGCCAAAUCUUUUGCAAAGGAUUCGGGGGUCCGGCCGAAUCUAAAAUAGUGGAUUCAGUGCAUCCCUAGUAAUGAAGUAAAGAAUAGCUUCAUAUAAUCCCAGCACAAUGGAUGAAAUGGUAAUAAAAAGAGAGGUUAUAGAUUGAAGUUAGGGAGAACCUAUCCUGCCUGGGGAGCAGGGUUCUUUUUUUUUUUAAUGUGAUGUGUUGCACUGAGCUUCUAACUAUUCACUAUGUAUCAAUGCUGUUAAAGUUAAAUGCAUUAUUGUUUCAUUUUAAUCAUGAGAGGGACAUGUACACUAAUAAUGCUGUCAAACCAACUUGUUCACACGGAACCCUGCUUUUAUUUUUCAGGUGUCUGAAGUAUAAAAUCAAUUUUUUUUUUAUUUUUUAGUUUCUGCAAGUCCCGUGGAACAAAAUUCUAUAUAUAUUGCAAAUACAUGUGGUAUUAAUAAAAAGGAAUAGGAACACUUGG